AUGGAGGCUGCGAUGCGACUCAUGCAGUCGGGUGGCCAUAUGAGAAAGAUCUUUUUGCUAGACGAAAACAGCACCUACCCCGUUGCUAGUAACAUUGCUAGUCUUGGAGUUCCAUUAUUGUUGAACGAGGUGCCAAGAACACUAUCAUUGUCUCUUGCAGUGCUUAAAAGCCACUCUGCAGUGCUGACUUCAAUCCAAUCUGACGCCAACAAAAGAUUUCAGGCAUAUUGCCCGUAA